CUUCCCCUUCGACAUACAGAAGUGCUCGUUCACUUUCCAAAGCUACAUGCACACCGCUGAUAGGGUCCACAUGUACUUUGGAAGGUCGGUGGAGGAAAUCCUGCAGCGCUCCAAUGAGCUGAUGCAGACUAUGGGGGAGUGGGAGCUGCUGGGCAUGACGUCGUACAAACACAACCUUGUCACCUUCGACGGCAACAGCUGGGACGAGCUCACCUACUAUAUUACCCUGAGACGGCAAGCCACUCUGUACGUGGUGAACCUGAUCAUCCCCAGCUGUUUCCUCAUCACACUGGACCUGUUCAGCUUCAUCCUGCCCCCACAGAGCGUGGACCGAUCCGCCUUCAAGAUGACCCUCAUUCUGGGCUACACCGUCUUCCUGCUCCUCAUGAACGAGCUGCUGCCCGUCACUGGAAACACCAUUCCACUCCUGAAUGUGUUUUUCUCCAUCUGUCUGGCUCUCAUGGUGGCUAGUCUACUGGAGACUAUUGUCAUCACCAACAUGCUGCACAACUCCAAGGAUUUCCCACCAGUGCCACGCUGGCUUAGGGUCCUCGUCCUAGAGGUGAUGGCACGCCUCGUCUGCCUAUACCGGAAGAAAAAGGAUGAUGGAGUCAUCAUUUUCCAAAAUCAAGCCAGUGUUGUGGAGACUAAAGCUGGUGCUGAUGCAGUGGACCAGUCCCCUGCUAAAGACACGGCCAGUGAGACGGUGGUGGAGCUGAGGGAGCUGAGGCGACACGUCCAGGCCAUCCAUCGGCACGUGUCCAAGGGCUCUCAGCUGGACCACAAGACAGAGGAGUGGAUCCACAUUGGCCACGUCGUCGACCGUUUCCUGUUCAUCUCCUACGCCAUCUUCAUCACUGUCAGCUUCAUCACCAUCAUCGUCAUAUGGAUCCACUGGGACAAUGUUUAGUUGCCAGAGCUCACUCAGUGUGUGCUCAAAACCAUUUGUUUGCCAGAGCUCACUCAGUGUGUGCUCAAAACCAUUUGUUUGAAGUAGUUUGUCGUGUUACAGUAAAUGAGAUUAUUAUAGCCUUCAUUUAUUGUUGAAUGACAUAAAAACAUGCAUACAUUGAUCGUUGAAUGACAUAAAAACAUGAUAUGAAAACAUGCAUACAUUGAUCGUUGAAUGACA